AGGGGCGGGGCGGCGGAAGUGACGCGCAUGCCGAGCCGCGGCGGGGCCGCCCCGCCAUGUCGCGGAGCCUUGGGCAACGGGCGCGGUUGUGAGUACGGGCGGGCCCGGGGACCCGGCUCGCAGGGACGCCCCGCCAGCAUUACAGGCUGUAUGUACCGAGUCAUUCAGACAACGGGGCCAGAUGGAAAAAACCUUCUGAAAUUGUUUCCCAUUUCUAAAACUUCUGGAAGCUUUAUGCCAAUAGUUCAGUCUCCAGCCAUGCCAAAUAAUUCUAACGCAAAUGUUUCUAGCCCAGUCCAUCUUACUUUUAAGACACAGCUUGGCAAUACUACUGCACCUUCAUCUGUUAAGAUACCUAUUUUUCAGCCUCCUAAUCCUGGAAGGAUUAUUCUUACGAGGACAUUAGACAAGCAGGAAAGUGCUAGGGCAGGUUCUGAAAAGGAGAGCUUGGUUCCAAGUGCAGCUGCCAGUGCCCAGAGCAGCUGUACGGCCGUGGAUGGAGUGUCCCUGCAGAACGUCGCCGUCACCAGCUCCUCUCACCAGAGCAGCACGACCUACAUGGUGGUCAACACCAAACCUCUCCCCGUGACUGUCAAGUCUCCAGUGCUGCCCUCUGGACACCACCUCCAGAUUCCAGCUGAUGCAGAAGUGAAAUCUGUCCCAGCGUCUCUUUUGCCACCUGCAAUACAGCAGAAAAUCCUGGCAGCUGCAGCCACCAACGUGUCUGGAGGGGCCGACAGUUCAAAAACGCCGAUGGUGAUUUACGUGUCACCUGUGAACACAGUGAAAACCUCCCAAGUCCUGCCCAAGCACUUGCAGAGCUUCUGCUCCAAACCUGCCGCAGAAGUUUCAAAGACACUGAUAGUGACAGCUGCCCAAAAGGGGUCUGGUUCUUCUCCUGAGCCUGUCACAUCUGAGGGGCAGCAGUGCCAGCAAACUCCCAUGAAAUGGAUCGUGCAAGAAACUGCCCCGCUCUCAGCAGCUUGUCUUAUCCCUGUCAAAUCUUCAAAUAACGUGGCUUCCAAGAUCUUGAAAACUUUAUCAGACACAAAGAAUGUAGAAGUUAAUCCUGCAAGUAUUUUGCCACUCUGCUCUAAUGGUCCUGGUGGAAACCAAACUAAAAUCACAUCUUUAAAAGAAAAUGCUCUGGUCAUGUACAAUGGCAAAGUCUAUUUAUUGACCAAAAGAGGCUCUGAUGUUCUGUCAGCCCAGGCUGAAAAACAAACAUCUUCCUCUUCUGAUGGUUUACUGAAAAAGGAGACACCCAAGCAAAUUGAUUCUACCAAAGUCAAUAAAAUAACCAGUAAAGUGGUGAAUCUGGUGUUGUCAAAAAGCAAAGGAGUGGUGCUGUCUCAGAAAGACCCAAAACCAUGUACAGUCUCUAAAAAUUCAUCACCAAUUGCCUUAAGAAAUGACCUAAAAUCCACACCUGCAGCUCCGCUGGUAUCAGGUGCUAAUCAGCAGGAUCCCACUGUAAUCCAGAGACAGAGUUUGCCCUUCACCAAGAGUGUUUCUUGCAGUGGAAUGAUCCCAGUUCCAGCAGUAGGGAUGCAGGAAAAUGUGUGGCAAAAUGGCAAAGACAUGAGUCAUUCCCCAAAAGCAGCAGGGGCUGUGUUACCUCAGGCUAAGCAGGAAUGUGCUGUCGGUGAAGACUGGCCAAAGAUCCAAUGUGAAAAGAUGGAUUCACCGGGAAAGGUUAUUCAAAUCAAACACCAAGAGCACCCACACUGGAGACAAUACUUGGAAUUAAGGAAAAAAUUUGGUCUCUUUAAGGAAGAGAGAGUUUACCUUAUGAGAAUACCAUUAAGGGCCUUCUGUGAGAACCCAGAAGAAAGGGUUUGUUCCAGUGACAGCUUGGAAAGAAAAAAUGAUUCUUGCAGUUCAUCCUCAUUGGAUGUGGAAAUAAGGAGUCAUCAUCAGGAAUGUGUAAAAGAGAAAAAGAUAAUUGUGGAUCUGGAAGAGGAUUUGAUUAGGAAAAGGAAAAUAAAAUCCUCACCUUUGUUGGACAAUGGCAAGAGGAGGAGAACUUCAAUCAAACCAGCCACAAGUCCCAGUUUAGAAACCACCAGCUUGACUUGCAGUGCCCUUGCCAUCCCACCUCCCCCAGGCUCAGCACAGCCGAGCCCUGCCGGGGUAUCCCGAGGGAGGGACUCGGAGCAGGACACACUCCCCCGGAGCAGUGACACUGCCCACCCAGGGAUUUCAGUUUUAGUGACUUCUGAAGAGGAUCCUUCAGUUCUGGAAGGUUCUUUCCGAGAUGAUGCCUUCCCUGCGGCUCCCCCGGACCUGGACGAGACGAUAAGGGAUGAGAAGAUCAAGCGCCUGAAGCAGCUGCUGCGCGAGCGGGAGGCGGCGCUGGAGGAGAUGCGCCGGGAGAUGCAGCAGAGCUGAGGCACCUGCCCGGGGACCAGCCCUGUGCACAGACUUCAAGAGGAAAUCCCUUGCUUAAAUUAAUAUUCCUGGUACAUGGAAGAGCUAGAUGAAAUUCAAGUAUGUGAGUAUUUAGAGAACUGUAGGUUUUUGUUAAAUCCAGAAAUAAGAGACUUGGACCAUCGUAUUCUACUUCUGGGACAUGAUCCAAGAGCACAGACAAAGGGCAUUUUUACCAGCAUAUUCUCCAUAUUUUGAAUCAAAGGGGUUCUGUAUUAGUCUUAGGAAAUAAACUUUCCACUUUUGAA